GUUCAAAGUUGUUUGGUAUGAUGUAGAGGAUGCUAGUGGAUUUCUUGUGGUGGUAAACAAGGAAUACCAUGCAAACUCAAGUCUAAUCUCAAUCAGGUUUUAGUUUGAGUCUGAUAAGAUAUCUCUCUUUGCAGGCUCUGAAGUAAACUAAUUUUUGUGGACUUCGUUAAAGCGAAAUGGUUUCCAACGCUACAGCAAGACUGAUAUGUCCAUCUCCAAUGAAACCUACAUCAAAUGGAAUAUUUCAGGGAGAUGAUCCUCUUCAAUUUACACUGCCUCUUGUCAUUUUGCAGAUAUGCCUUGUACUUGUAGUUACAAGGGGUCUGGCUUUCAUCCUAAAGCCAUUAAGACAGCCACGAGUUAUUGCAGAGAUAAUUGGAGGAAUAUUACUUGGGCCAUCAGCUCUGGGACGAAGCAAAAGCUAUAUGCAAGCAAUUUUCCCACCAAAAAGUCUCCCAGUCUUAGAUACUCUAGCAAACAUUGGUCUUCUAUUAUUUCUAUUUCUGGCAGGACUUGAGUUAGAUCCUAAAUCUCUUCGUCGGACUGGAAAGAAAGCAUUGGGCAUUGCUCUUGCAGGAAUCAGCCUUCCUUUUGCAUUAGGAAUUGGUUCCUCAUACGUCCUAAAAGAAACAAUAUCUAAAGGUGUAAAUGGAAAUGCGUUUCUUGUCUUCAUGGGUGUGGCCCUCUCCAUAACUGCCUUCCCUGUCUUAGCUCGUAUUCUGGCUGAACUGAAACUUUUAACCACUGAUGUUGGAAAAAUGGCUAUGUCAGCUGCAGCAGUCAAUGAUGUGGCUGCUUGGAUUCUACUUGCUCUUGCCAUUGCACUCUCUGGCACUGGCAAAUCUUCCCUUGUCCCGCUUUGGAUCUUCUUAUCUGGCUGCGUUUUUUUUGUUUGUGCAAUUUUGAUUGUUCCCCCAAUCUUCAAAUGGAUAGCCCAGAGAUGCCAUGAAGGCGAGCCAGUAAAAGAGACUUACAUUUGUGCUACAUUGGCCGUUGUUCUGGCUGCUGGGCUUGUUACUGAUGCUAUUGGAAUUCAUGCCAUGUUCGGUGCUUUCGUGAUUGGAGUUCUCAUACCAAAGGAUGGGCCAUUUGCAGGCACUCUUGUGGAAAAAGUUGAGGAUCUUGUAUCUGGUCUCUUCCUGCCACUGUACUUUGUUUCAAGUGGAUUGAGGACAAAUAUAGCCACAAUUCAGGGGCUUCAAUCAUGGGGUCUUCUGGUUUUAGUCAUAUUUACUGCCUGUUUUGGGAAGAUAUUUGGCACUCUUUUGGUGACUCUUCUUUGCAAAGCACCUCUCCGUGAAGCUCUCACAUUGGGAUUCCUAAUGAACACUAAAGGCUUGGUUGAACUCAUUGUUCUCAACAUUGGUAAAGAUAGAAAGGUAUUGAACGACCAGACUUUUGCCAUUAUGGUUCUAAUGGCCCUGUUCACUACCUUCAUCACCACACCUAUUGUCAUGGCAAUAUAUAAGCCAGAAAAAAGGAAAAGAAUGGCUGAUUACAAGAAUAGAACAAUUGAAAGGAAGAAUCCAAAUACCCAACUUAGGAUUUUGACCUGCUACCACAGUGCAAGAAACAUUCCAUCAAUUAUUAACCUCCUUGAGGCCUCAAGAGGAUCUGAGAAGCGUGAAGGACUUUCUGUGGAUGCACUGCACCUCAUGGAACUCUCUGAGAGGUCCUCAGCUAUAAUAAUGGUACAUAAGGCAAGAAAACAUGGGUUGCCCUUCUGGAAUAAGAGCCAGCAAUCAGAUUCUAACCAUGUUGUUGUGGCGUUUGAGGCUUACAGGCAAUUAAGUCAUGUGUCCAUCCGGUCAAUGAAAGCAAUCUCAUCAAUGUCAGACAUGCAUGAAGACAUCUGUAACACUGCUGAGACAAAUAGAGCUGCAAUUAUAAUUCUUCCAUUCCAUAAGCACCAAAGAGUGGAUGGUUCACUCGAGACUACCCGAAAUGACUUUGUCUUGGUUAAUCUUAAGGUUCUUGAACAUGCACAGUGCUCAGUAGGGAUUUUGGUUGAUCGUGGACUUGGUGGAACCACUCAAGUAGCAGCGAGUAAUGUUUCUUAUUUCAUUAUAGUCCCCUUCUUUGGGGGCUGUGAUGACCGUGAAGCCCUUGCUUAUGGGGUUCGCAUGGCUGAACACCCUGGUAUAAGACUAAUGGUCAUUCGUUUCAUAGUGGAACCUGAAAGCAUGGGAGAAAUUGUCAGAGUGAAUAUAGACUCCUCUUCUAGCACCGAAUUGAGGUCAUCAGAUGAGGAGUUCCUUGCUAAAUUCAAGCAGAAUAUGGCCAAGGAUGACUCCAUCAAAUAUGAAGAGAAAUUGGUCAGAAAUGCUGCAGAUACAAUUGCUGUGCUCAGUGAGCUAAAGUGCUGCAAUCUGUUUUUGGUUGGUCGAAUGCCUGAAUGUGAAGCAGCCUUGGAUUUAAGCAGGAGUGAUUGCCCAGAACUGGGGCCUGUAGGAAGUUUGUUGACUUCACCUGAUUUCUCAACAACAGCAUCAGUUUUGAUAGUCCAGCAAUAUAAAAGCAGAGCAUCUCCAAAUUUGACCCUGCAAAUGGAGGAUGAGUCACCUGACAAAGACUCAGAAUCUAACUAAUUGAACUACAGAAUGUAAUUGAAAGAUGUCAGAUUAGCUUGUCUUCUUAGGUUAUGAUUCUCACUCUUAGACAAAUCACUGUCUCUCCUUGUUAUACAUUUUUUUUUUUUUUAUAAGAAAAGCUACUUAUCAUAUGGUCAUUUGUUUAGAAUCUCAUAUGUUCUUAUUCACUUAAAAUGAUUGACAUUUUACAUCUCAACACAUUAAAGAAUAAAGAACAAAAUGAAAUUUCUUUA